CCGGCCAAAGUUCCCUAGCGUUACGACCCUGACACCCAACCAAAGAAGCCACAACGUGGUUUGCGGAAGGAGCUACUGCUGGAGAUUCUCAACGUUGCCCGAAGAAUUCAUGCAACUUGUAGGUUACUGUGUGCUCGUAUGCACAUCCGCCCUCGUCGCUGUCACCCGCCCUUGUUUAUAUUACUACCGAGGAGUCUCUCUGGCAGAAAAACCGUGCACCAUUGCCGUACUUUGACGAGUCCAAUCUGACUAUCUAACAGUAAGAGUUCAGUAAGAGCUCGGCGUACGGCUUCCUGGGGCAAUUUUGUUAAACGACUGACUGCUCAUAUUUCCCGACACUAUGGAGCAAGCGCAAAGCUCUGCUCCGCCUGUCCAGGCGUCAAGCCUCCCCGAUGAAGAGCUGAAGACCCCUGUGGUAGAUACACCUGCUCCUAUUGUAGCGACCUCUCACCAAGAGUCAAAGGUGCCGGAGACAGAUGUGCCUGCCCCUGUUACAGCAACUUCUCACGAAGAAGAGUCAAAGGCUCCGGAAGAAGAUAUGCCUGCGCCUGUAGUGCCUGCCCCCCAUGAUGAAGAGCCGGAUGUCCCUAGGGCAGAAACUCCUGGAACUGAGCAGGGACCAAACGAACAUGACCAUGUUGAGAUUGAUUUCGGCGAGGUUGACUCGACCUUUGGAGACAACGAGAGCUCUACCACUUCGCUCGCGUCAUCUAUCUUUAAUUAUACGUACGAGAAUGGCCGCCGGUAUCACGCGUAUCACAAUGGAGAGUACCCACUGCCAAACGAUGCUAAGGAACAAGAUAGACUUGAUCUCAAGCAUCACGUCUUUAAACUCGUUCUGAGGGGAAAGAUGUUCCGUGCUCCAAUUGGACCGAAUCCACAGCGGAUUUUGGACGUGGGAACGGGUACGGGUAUUUGGGCCAUCGACGUGGCAGAUGAAUAUCCAAGCGCGCAGGUCGUCGGUAUUGACUUGAGUCCGAUUCAACCCUCAUGGGUACCGCCGAAUUGUGAGUUCGUCGUUGACAAUGCAGAGGAGGAAUGGCCGUAUGCACCGAGCAAAGCGUUUGACUUAAUUCAUUGGCGUGUCUUGUCGGGGUCAAUCAAGGACUGGCCACGCCUGUACUCGCAGGCGUUUAAGCAUCUCAAGCCAGGAGCGUGGCUUGAGGCGCAAGAACACGAUGUCCGAGUUUCAUCCGACGAUGACUCCGUUGAUCGGGCUACUGAAGUCGUGGAUUGGUUUUCAACGGUCGAUAAAGCGGCCGAGGUAUUUGGUAAGAAAAUGGAUGUGGCAGACAAGCAGAAACAAUGGAUGAUUGAUGCCGGAUUCGUCGACGUUCGCGAUGAUAUCUACAAAGUUCCACUCGGACGCUGGCCGCGAGACCCAAGGUUGAAGGAGAUGGGUCUCUAUUUCCAAACCCAGAGCGUCGAUGCUGUCGAGCCCGUUAGCAUGGCACUCUUCACCCGCGCGCUAAAUAUGAGUCCCGAACAGGCUCAGCUUAUGAUGGUUGGCCCUCGUCAGGGUAUGCGUAACCCUGAUUACCAUCUAUACAUCAAGUUUCACUUCGUAUAUGGCAGGAAGCCAUUCGAGGGCGAAAGAGUAUAGGUGUAUGGUGCUUAAAACUUGUCCUGCAUAUAUGAUUAUUUUCCUGCUUAGUGUGUUUAUACCUGUAUAAGUUAUGCAUGCCGUUUUAGCCGGGUAUAUGUAAUAUCCGCAUUGGAACCUUGUUGGCUGCGUAGGCAAUAGUUUGUAAACUAUUGACUACGCCAAGCGGCGGCAAAACGCUAACUUUGAGCUUCUUUUGAAAAACGUGGCUGUCCUGUCCCUGGGGCGGCUGCUCCGAUUAAAUAGGUGGCAAUUUGUAGAAAACAUUAAUAGUGACGA